AAUAGCAUAUUCCUCUUCUCGCAACACAAACCUCUCUCUCUCUCUCUCUCUCUCUAAAAAAAGAAAAAGAAGUUACAGGCCCAAGAACACCAAACAGCAAGGUUUCAAUCACCCACAUUUGUUAUUUCUUCCUGUCCCUGUUCCAACAGAAACUCCAGUGUAGUGGUUACAGUAGAAAAAUAACCACUAUAUAACGAUGCCGGAAGAGACCAAUUCUAUUGACUACGUAAUGGAGAAGGCCUCAGGUCCUCACUUCUCCGGCCUCCGUCUCGAUGGCCUGCUUUCUUCUCCUCCGUCUUCCUCCACUGCGUCUCCCUCUCACCGCUCCGCCUCCGCUUCCGAAUCCAAUGCUCCCAAACAGCCUUUUGUCAUUGGUGUUUCUGGUGGUACGGCUUCCGGUAAGACUACAGUGUGCGAUAUGAUCAUUCAACAGCUUCAUGAUCACCGUGUUGUUCUUGUUAAUCAGGAUUCAUUUUACCGUGGCUUGACGGCUGAAGAAUCGAAGCGAGUGCAUGAGUAUAAUUUUGAUCAUCCUGAUGCUUUUGAUACGGAGCAGCUUUUAGACUGUGUUCAAAAGAUGAGAAGUGGGCAUUCUUAUCAAGUUCCAAUCUAUGAUUUUAAGAGCCAUCGCCGAUGUUCGGAUAGCUUCAGGCAGGUAAACGCUUCUGAUGUGAUUAUCCUUGAGGGGAUUCUGGUUUUCCAUGACCAGCGUGUUCGCAACCUGAUGAACAUGAAAAUCUUUGUUGACACAGAUGCUGAUGUGAGGCUUGCUCGUAGAAUAAGGCGUGACACAGUUGAGAGGGGUAGGGACAUAAACUCUGUUCUUGAACAGUAUGCUAAAUUUGUGAAGCCUGCUUUUGAUGAUUUUGUGUUGCCUUCAAAGAAAUAUGCUGAUGUGAUCAUCCCACGGGGAGGUGACAAUCAUGUUGCCAUUGAUUUAAUUGUGCAACAUAUCCACACUAAGCUAGGUCAACAUGAUCUGUGCAAAAUAUAUCCAAAUGUGCAUGUCAUUCAGUCAACUUUUCAGAUAAGAGGUAUGCAUACACUGAUUCGAGACAAGGAGAUAUCAAAGCAUGAUUUUGUAUUUUAUUCAGACCGACUUAUCCGUCUGGUUCUGGAACAUGGUCUGGGCCAUUUGCCAUUCACUGAGAAGCAAGUAGUGACACCAACAGGAUCGGUUUACACUGGUGUUGACUUUUGCAAGAAAUUAUGUGGGGUUUCUAUUGUUCGAAGUGGAGAAAGCAUGGAAAAUGCGUUGCGAGCAUGCUGCAAAGGAAUAAAAAUUGGAAAAUUACUCAUCCACCGUGAUGGAGACAAUGGAAAACAGCUUAUAUAUGAGAAGCUCCCCAAGGAUAUUUCAGAACGGCAUGUCCUGCUUCUAGACCCUGUUCUUGCUACAGGUAACUCUGCAAACCAAGCGAUAGAACUUCUCAUACAGAAAGGAGUUCCAGAAUCCCACAUCAUAUUCCUAAACCUAAUAUCUGCUCCUGAGGGCAUCCAUUGCGUUUGCAAAAGGUUCCCAUCCUUGAAAAUCGUCACUUCAGAGAUUGAUGUUGCCUUAAACGAGGAAUUUCGGGUCAUACCAGGCAUGGGUGAGUUUGGUGACCGGUACUUUGGCACUGAUGAUUAAACAGAGUAGCUGACAAGCAGGAGGGAUACGAGGAACUAGUGGGUGGUCCUGUCAAGUGAGUGAGACUAAUAUCUCAAGAUUUUAUUAAGAGACUGGCUAGUCUUUAAUUUGUCACUUUUUGAGUUAUAUCAUUCAUGUUAAUACGAGUAUUAGUCACGUGAUCGGCAUUGUUGAUAAGAUCACCUUUCCUAAAUUAUUAUUAUUAUUAUUAAGUAUCUAUAAAGCUAAAAGGUGCGGGUAACACACUAUUUCCCCAAA